GACGCCAUGUUGGGUGAAUGUAAUACACGACGCGACGGCAGAACAGCAGUGCCGCCGUGAUUGUAUUGGCGUCUGGUGUGAAGAGUCAGGAUCAAUUUUUACCCCCUUCGAAUUGGGGCAUGAAUAAAAAUGGAGUUAUUACAAUGUGCUGUAACUUCAAAUAACUUUGGAUUGCGGAAAAAAUUCCCAUGGAGUGUACGUCACGACGGAGAUGUCGACCCAAAAAUCGACGGCAGGAACAUACGGUCCAAUGAAAUAGAGUUCUUAGCUGAGCGUUUGGGCAACCAAAUAUCCGUCACAGAAGGCACCUUCAUAGGUAGAAUUGAAAACCCUUGCUUAUGGUCUCGCUACGUACUACACUACGAGGAAAUGAAGGCAAACUUGACAGCUAGCAAAGUUACAGAGCACAUCGUUGUUCAUGCCACCUCGAUAUCGGCUGCGUACGAAAUAGCAGACAACAACUUUGACUGGAGGCUUGUAAAGCGUUAUCGCUUUGGUCAGGGUGUUAGCUUUGCCAAAGAUGUGGACUAUGCCGCUUCUCAAGCAACAAGAAAAGGUGCCUACAUUAUUGCUGGAAUUCUUGUUGCUGCAAGUAAAAUAGGGAACUUCGGAACCCAAAUACCACCUGGCACUUUCGAUACUACGACGAAUAAAGCAAAGAGUGUUUACGUUAAAUAUUACGACAAUGACUUUUAUCCCUACUACAUAGCUUACUGAGAAGAUUUUACAAAAAACUGUAUGACAUCACGAUUACUUUAUGUAAAAUUUUAAGAAAUCUAUUGUAUACACCCAAAGUCACAAUGGCUUGAGAUUUAAAAAAAAGAAUGGUCGAAUGUUAGAAGGAUCAAAAUAUAAAAUUUUCAAAGAUGAAAAAACUAAAUUGUAACAUUAUACAAGUUUCAAGGGUCCCAGUGUAGAAAGUCGAAAUACAGAACGACAAAACAUAAAACGGCAGAAUCUAGAAUCUGUACACGGUUUUAUACAAUAGAGAUGAAUUCUGACAAUUCUAUAUUUUGGUAUUCCAUACUUUGAAUUUUCUAUUUUUUCAACUCUCCAUACUUCGACUUUCUACAUUUCAUAGUUUUAUAAAUUAAAUUUUCGCUUCCGCAAAUAUUCGAUAUUGUGGCCCUUCUAUUUCUUGAUCUAUCUAUAUUUUUACCCCCACCCAGUCACAAUUCAUUAAUUAUUGUGGUGAUCAUAGUAUCUAGAUUAGACCUGUCCUUAAGAAGGGCAAAAUCGAAUUUUAAUGGUCUUAUCCCCCAAAUUGGUUCGAAAUAAUUCAAAAAAAAUGUCCAAAUUUUAAAAAAUUUUUCCCUCCAUAUUUACCCACGCCUAGGAAGCCUUACUUUCUCCCAUAAGAAAAGCAUUGGUUUUUCGGGAUUUUUAAUCGUUUUUUUACCGCUGCCGUAAUUAUCAGC